AUGAUGAAAGCAUUAGUGGGAUUGGGACAUCUGUUGUCCUUCAGAUGGUAUCUAUUCUUGACACCACAUCCUCAUAAAGUUUACUUCGAAAGUUUUUUCACGGGAUUUUCUCUGAUGAAAUAUUUGCAGGACAUUGACGUUAGAGCAACAGGAACUGUUCGAUUCAACAGAAUGAACAAACGCCCUAUUGCAACAGACAAAGAGAUAAGGAAAAAAGAAAGCGGGGCAUAUGACUACAGAUUUGAUUCCCGUAAUGAAAUUAUAGCUGUCACGUGGAAUGACAACAGUUGUGUAAUGCUUCUGUCUAAUCAUGAAACUAUCGAACCAAUAUCAGAGAUGAAGCGAUGGAGUAGAACAGAGAAGACAGAUAUUCAAGUACCACAAACCAAACUGAUAUCAGAAUAUAACAAAUACAUGGGUGGGGUAGACAAGAGAGAUUGGAAUGUUCAAAAAUACAGAAUCAGAAUAAGGGGAGGAAAUGGUAUUUUCCUUUUCUUACUAAUGCCAUCGACAUAA